AUGAGCCUCAAUUCAAUCCGCAAUGGCCUCCACGUCGUUAUCCCAGUGGCAGCCGUUGAGCCACAAGUCUCCUUCUCCGAACAUUCCGAACCGGCCUCUGACGACGCCUCAACCCAUGGGUCCCGCUCCCCUGAUAGCGGUGAGGUCGCCAAUACUCCUCAAUCUGCCGAGGCCGGUGGGUCUCACCCUGGCCCCCCUGGGUCGGAUAAUGGGACCGGGGCCGAGCAGACGAAUAUGGGCCUUGACUGA